AUGGCGGAACCCAACCCUGUUCAAGAGGCCGAAGCCUCCAUGGCCAAUCUUCUUCUGGAUGAGGUUACUGGCGAAAAAGUGUCCAAGUCGGAAUUGAAGAGACGCCAGAAGUUGCGCGAGAAGGAAGCCAAGAAGCAGGAGAAGGCCGCGGCCGCCCCUCCAAAGGCCGAAAAGAAGACUUCCGCUGAGGAUGACGAGGCCAAUCUCACCCCCAACCAAUACUUCGAGAUCCGAAGCAACAGGAUCAAUAAGCUGCGCGAGUCCAAGAGCCCGAACCCAUACCCCCACAAGUUCCAGGUCACCGAUGACUUGCGCGAGUACCUCAAAAAGUAUGAUUCUCUCCAGAAGGGCGAACAGAAGCCCGAGAUACCCGUGCGCAUUGCCGGCCGUAUCUACACCAAGCGCGCUUCCGGCAACAAGCUCAUCUUCUACGACAUUCGCGCUGAGGGCGUUAAGGUUCAGGUGAUGUGUCAGGCUCAGAACGCCACUGGGGACGUUCCUUUCGAGGAUCAACAUGAGCAUCUUCGACGUGGUGAUGUUGUUGGAAUUGUCGGUUUCCCCGGUCGCACUGCCCCCAAGAACCGCCCCGACGGCGAGCUGUCCAUCUUUGCUACCGAGGUUAUCCUCCUCGCACCCUGCCUGCACGCCAUCCCAUCCGAGCACUAUGGAUUCCAGGACAAGGAGCAGCGAUUCCGCCAACGUUACCUUGAUCUUAUUAUGAACGACCGCUCCCGCGACAUCUUCCGCACGCGUGCCAAGAUCGUUUCUUAUAUUCGCAGUUUCCUCGAUGCUCGCGAUUUCACCGAGGUCGAGACCCCCAUGAUGAACGCCAUCGCGGGCGGUGCUACCGCCAAGCCAUUCGUCACCCACCACAACGACUUGGACAUGAACUUGUUCAUGCGUGUUGCUCCCGAGCUGUACUUGAAGAUGCUGAUUGUUGGUGGUCUGGAGCGUGUAUACGAAAUGGGACGUCAAUUCCGUAACGAAGGUAUCGAUCUCACUCAUAACCCCGAAUUCACCACCUGUGAGUUCUACUGGGCCUACGCCGACAUGUACGACGUGAUGAACUUGACCGAGGAGCUUGUUUCCUCUCUCGUUAAGCACAUUACUGGUGGAUACGAAACCAGCUACACCAGCCAGACCGGCGAAGAGUACACUAUCAACUGGAAGGCCCCAUGGCGACGAAUCGAGAUGAUGCCUGCUCUUGAGGAGGCCUGCGGCGAGAAAUUUCCUCCAGGCGAUCAACUCCACACUCAAGAGACCAAUGAUUUCCUGAAGCGCGUCCUCAAGAAGAUGAACGUCGAAUGCUCACCUCCUCAGACCAACGCUCGCAUGCUCGACAAGCUGGUUGGUGAAUUCCUUGAAGAGACCUGUAUCAACCCCACCUUCAUCAUGGGCCACCCUCAGAUGAUGUCCCCUUGGCCAAGUACCACCCGUGAGAUUUGCAAUGCUUACACCGAGUUGAACGAUCCCUUUGACCAGCGCCUACGCUUCGAGGAGCAGGCUCGCCAGAAGGACCAGGGUGAUGACGAGGCUCAGAUCAUUGACGAGACUUUCUGCCAGUCCCUGGAGUACGGUCUGCCUCCCACUGGUGGCUGGGGAAUGGGUAUUGAUCGUCUGGUCAUGUUCCUCACCAACAACUACAGCAUCAAGGAGGUUCUGACCUUCCCCAUGAUGAAGGACGACAAGAGUGCGUCCGAGGCCAGGCCUGCCGCCGAAGUCGUCGGUAUCGAGCCCCAGCCCGAGGAGGGAAUCCCCCACAAAUAA